UAUAAAAAAAUAAGGAAAGAUUGACAUAAAUCACAUUAGUUUCGAUGGAAAGAGAAGAUUGAACUUGAAAUGAAUCGUUUUUAGUUUCAAUGGAAAGAGAGGUGUCUACUUUUGGCUCUUGGGGUAUGUUUUUUGAAUCGGCAAGGAUCAUGGUGGUGGCUGCGUAAGGUUAAUAUCAUUUUACUAUAUUUUUGCCUGAAAUCAAAACAAAGAGCUUGGAAGAGAUUGGGAACACUAUUUGAGUAUGAAGAAAUAUUAAAUAUUGAACAAAAAAAUUGUGUAUUAAUUUUGCAGUGGAAAAGAAAAAGUGCUACAAGAUGGUUACGUCACUCCCGUCAGUUUCUGAAUGUGUCCUUCUGUCCUUAUAUCCUGCAAGGUCUUGGCAAAUUUGCAUGACAAUUUUGGCUUAUUUGGCCACCCAACCAAUCACGCCCAUUUGCUCUGACACUCCCACCAAAACCCAUCCGUUUCACUGAUCUUCUCUUUAAAUUCUCAGAAAAACAACAAAAUUGUCCUCAAAUGGACACCAGACCCGUAGAUGAAUCUUCAGAUCUAAAGAACCUAUAGAGGAACUGGGAUGAUGAACAGGUAUACUCUUCUCUGCGUUCUUUUGGCCUCAGCAAACUCCAUCCUAUCAGGUUAUGACACAGGGGUGAUGAGUGGGGCAGCGCUUUAUAUCCAAGAGAACAUGAAAAUCUCAUCCACCCAAGUUGAAAUCUUGGUAGGCACCCUUAACGUAUUCUCUUUAGUAGGAUCACUUGCCUCUGGCAAGACAUCGGAUUACAUAGGCAGGCGUUACACUAUGGUCCUGGCAGCAACAGCAUUUCUAAUAGGUGCACUUCUCAUGGGCCUCGCACCAUCCUAUCUAAUCCUAUUAACCGGACGGAUUAUUGCCGGCAUUGGAGUCGGAUAUGCCCUCAUGAUUGCUCCAGUCUACUCCGCUGAGCUUUCUCCGGCAAUGAACCGGGGAUUACUCACCUCCCUCCCGGAAGUCUUCAUCAUAUUUGGUAUAUUACUAGGUUACAUAUUCAACUAUGCUCUGUCAGGCCUCUCACCCAACAUAAAUUGGAGACUAAUGCUUGGAUUGGCUGUAUUUCCAUCAAUUGGGAUUGGUUUAGGCGUGGUGACAAUGCCCGAGUCACCUCGUUGGCUCGUCAUGAAAGGCAAACUAAGUGAAGCAAAGCAGGUCCUAAUGAAAAUCUCCUCCACUCAAGCCGAAGCUGAACUGAGGUUUGAAGAGAUAACAAAAGCUGCUGGCCGAGCAGAGAAAAGUGAUUGGCAUGGACAAGGUGUUUGGAAAGAGCUUUUGAUAAGGCCAUCUAUGCCAAUUCGUCGGAUGCUCAUUGCCGCAAUAGGAAUUAACUUCUUCAUGCAAGCUUCUGGAAACGACGCCGUUAUGUAUUACUGCCCCGAAGUGUUCAGGGCAGCUGGAAUUCACAACAAAAAAGAGCUAUUCGGCAUUAACAUGAUUAUGGGACUAACCAAGACCUCCUUUGCCUUGCUGUCGGCCCUCUUUUUGGACCGGUUCGGAAGACGGCCUCUUUUGAUAUUGGGCUCAUCGGGGAUGGUUGUUUCGCUAUCCUUGUUGGGCUUGGGCUCUAAGUUUCUUGAGAAUUCGAGCAGCAAACCAACGUGGGCCAUUGUGUUGUGCAUUGUGGCUGUGUGUGCUGAUGUGUCAUUCUUCUCGAUUGGGCUUGGGCCUAUUACCUGGGUUUACUCGUCUGAGGCGUUUCCAACGAGAAUUCGAGCCCAGGGUUCGGCUCUAGCCAUUUCGGUGAACCGGUUGGUGAGUGGAGUGGUGUCAAUGUCAUUCCUAAGCAUUUCAAAGAAAAUAACGUUUGGGGGAAUAUUUUUUGUGCUUGGGGGAGUAAUGGCGGUUGGUACGGCUUUCUUUUAUUUCUUUUUGCCUGAGACAAAAGGCUUAACCUUGGAAGAGAUGCAGACUAUUUUUGAAGAUCAAAAUACCGGUAAUCAUGGCAGGGUUAAGGAAAUGACUGAGAUAUAAUGAGGCUUUCUGUUUCUGUGCUUUGGUUAUUUUAUUUUAUUUUGUGCUUUCGAUAUAGUUUUGGUGCAAAACAUUGUGUUUUAGAUCUAAUAACGAAUGAGCAAGAGAAUAACAGAAAGAGUUAGAUUUGAUGUUGUAUAAAAUUUGAGCUACUCAAUGAGAUGUAGGAAUAGAAUAGAGAAUGAUUCAGGUGGCAAAUGGCAAGCAAAUAAGAGAUUACAUUAUGUCU